ACUACUGUAUAUCAAGCAACCCUGUGACUUUUAUUUUGAACUGUAGUUCAGUCAUGUUGCCGCUAUGCUGUUGGUAGUGUACCCUUGAUAAAUCGACUUUAUCAGUAAUUUUAGUAUUAAAUUUAUUACAUAUCCGCCAGUGAGCAAUUUAAGAUCUCGGAGCAUCGGUCGUAGGAAAUAGAAUAGAACUGAACCAUCAUUUGUGAAAAUGCGUCACGCACGUGAGAUGACAUUUGUGAAGCUCGUGAGGACAUUUGCCACAGUUUCAAACACCCAGACCGUCGCUUCAAAACAAACAGCACCCGAAGCAGCGGACAUCGCCAACAGACUCCGGAAAGAGAGAGAGAAAGAAAAGAUGACAAAGCGAGUUCCGGUGUCCCCUCUCCAGUCCAGAGUGAAUGAACUCAAGCAGUUCUCUCAGCAGCUGCAGUCUGUGCACCCUAGUGUGCUCGCAAAAGCCCUUUACAGGAGCUCCCUUUAUGAAGACCAAAACAUUAUCGCUAUAAACAAACCAUAUGACGUUCCUUUGCAUAAUGUAAAUGGCAUCAGAAACAGUAUUGCAGAGUGUCUGCCUUUGCUGGCAAAGAUCACGGAUAAUAUGCGACCUGGAUCACAGUUGCAUCUUUGCCACAAACUGGAAAAAGAAACUACUGGAGUUUUGAUCCUGGCUAAACAGAGGGAAGCUGCUGAACAUGUCCAAACCAUUAAAUCACCCAAAGUGGAAAUGAAAUUACUUGUGAGUUACACUUCAAACCUGAUGGCGAUCACUGUAGGUGUGCCUGUCCCAUCUGAAGGAGUGAUAGACAUUCCUGUUAUAGAGAGAGCAGGUGGUCCUCAACCACACUUUAAGAUGGCUCUGAGUCCGCUGUUUAAAGUGAAUGAGGAUGGAGAUGGAGUGACGAGAGUGCGAGCUCACAGACAGGCACACGCUGCAGUCACACAGUAUCGGUUCUGGACAACACCAGCGGCUGCCAGUUUAGUGGAACUCCAGCCUCUCACAGGUGUGAAAAACCAACUACGAGUGCACAUGGCUUUAGCGUUGACCUGCCCCAUUCUUGGUGACCAUAAAUAUUCCCACUGGAGCAAACUAGCACCCCAGAAGCUGCCUGAGGGUAUGCUGCGCCGGCUGGGCCUGGUUCAGAGUAAAACACGAUACCUGCCUCUUCAUCUGCACUCCCGAAGGAUCGUCCUGCCAGGGUUCAAAGGUCACCGAGACAUUACGGUGUCCGGUCCCCUUCCCAAAUACUUCACCAGCGCGUUGAAGAGGCUGGAGAUCCCACUGCCAGCAAAAGAAUGAGAUCUGUGAACUCUUCUUACUUUUGCAUCGAGGACUGGAUUUGACAUGGUUGAAACUGGACAUUUUGCUCAGAUUUUUGUAUGAAACAAAUGAAAGACCAAUAAAAAAAUGUUCUGCAAACUA